AUGGAAUGCUAAAUCCUCUCAUUAUAAAAGAUAUUAGGCUUUGAUGAAGCUCAAUUAACAAACUAUGAUUAAUCUGUAGUUAAUAAUAAGUCUGAAUAAUUGCUAACAAAGUUAAAUUAAACAAUCAACAUCAAUUCAAAGGAAAAAGAGAGCAUGAAUGAAAUGAUUUUAAUGGCUCGUAAUAUCUUAUCUGAUGAUAGAAAGAAAGAAACUUAUAUGCUAGUGUCUAGCAUUGUAAAAGCAGAAUAAUCUCUACUAAAAUACUUCAUAGAUAAUUAGUAAGAGUACCUUAGUAUUUUAAAGAAAAUUGAAGGUUAAAAUAAAUAAAUUGAGAAUCAAUAGAGUUCUAAAAAUGAAAAGAGUUUAAGCAAAGAUGAAAAAAGAAAGUAAACCUAGCAUAAAAUGAAUUCCUCAUUAGAUUAAGAUUUACAAAAUCUAGAUCCUUAAGAUUUUAAUCGAUUUCCUGAGCUUUUUGUUGUUGAUGGUCCUGGCAAAACAUAUAAAUAAAAAAGUGCUGCAAAAAACUACAAAGGAGUUACAGGUCUUUCAGAGCAAAAUUUAUCUGCAUUAUUUAAGGAAUACUAAUUUACCGAACAACAAAAGAAUGUAUGCAAUAAAAUAAAGCAAGUCCUAGAUCAUUUAAUAAAUGAAGAGGAAAGAGGAAUAGUUUAAUAAUCAUAAGACAAGAAAUUAUUUACCUGCUUUAACGUUCUUAACGUAGCUUAAAAUUAAAUACAGACCAAAAUAAUCAAAAACACAAUAAAUCUACUGUAGCAAUUUAGUUCUUCAUCAUUAGAUUAAUAGUCUAAGCAACAGAUCUAGGAAAUCUAAUUAGCAUAUGCUACAUUAAUUGAUUCUUAGAAAUUCAAGGUCUACAAAUUUAUCAAUGAAGUAAUAGAGGAGAGUCCAUCUUUAAAUGUCUAUUAUAGUAAUAAUAGGGAUGAGCUUUUACAAUAAAUUUACGCUAUCAAUUCAGACAUCAAUUUUGAUAGCUUCGAUAUUUAGAACGAUAUUCAAAAGUAAAAGAAAAAGCAUAAUCUAAUGACUGAGUUAAUGGGAUAAUCAGGUGAUGGCUUUAAACUAUAUAUCCUCAUUGGCAUUUUAAUUGCCUCUGGAUAUAUUCUACUAUUUAAUAGAAUGAAGAAAGAACGAAGUGCUAAGGAGAGAGAAAAGUAAAAAUAAUAAGAAAAUGAAAGAUCAUAAGAAGUAUAAUAGCUUAAAGAAUGA